GCCGCCGCCGCCGCCGCGCCCCGUCCGCCGAGCGGGGAUGACCCUGUCGGGAGGCGGCAGCGCCAGCGACAUGUCCGGCCCCGCCGUCCCGGCGGCCGAGGAUGUGGAUAUCGACGUGGUGGGAGAAGGCGACGAGGGGCCGGGCAAGGACAGCGACGGCGAGGCCGGCAGCCCCGCCGCCCUGCCGCGCCUGCCGCUGGACGAGGCGGCGGAGCUGGCGCUGCCCGCGGAGGUGGGCGCGGGCGCGGAGAGCGGCAGCAGCGGCAGCGUUAGCCCGGCCGGGGCGGCCCCCGGCGGCGCGGCCGAGGGCGGCAAGGGGGGCGGCGAGGAGGGGGCGAGUGGCGGCGGGGCGGUGGCGGGGCAGAGCAAGCCCAAGAGCAGCCUGGUGAAGCCGCCGUACUCGUACAUCGCCCUCAUCACCAUGGCCAUCCUGCAGAGCCCGCAGAAGAAGCUGACGCUCAGCGGCAUCUGCGAGUUCAUCAGCAACCGCUUCCCUUACUACCGGGAGAAGUUCCCCGCUUGGCAGAACAGCAUCCGCCACAACCUCUCCCUCAACGACUGCUUCGUCAAGAUCCCUCGGGAGCCCGGCAACCCGGGCAAGGGCAACUACUGGACGCUGGACCCGCAGUCCGAGGACAUGUUCGAUAACGGCAGCUUCCUCCGCCGCAGGAAGCGCUUCAAAAGGCACCAGCAGGAGCACCUGCGGGACCAGACGGCACUCAUGAUGCAGGGCUUCGGCGCCUACGGCCUCGCCGGGCCCUACGGCCGCCCCUACGGGCUGCACCCCAGCGCCUACACGCACCCCGCUGCCGCCGCCGCCGCGCUGCAGUACCCCUACAUCCCCCCCGUGGGGCCCAUGCUGCCGCCGGCCGUGCCGCUGCUGCCGUCGGGCGAGCUCAGCCGCAAAGCCUUCAACUCCCAGCUCAGCCCCAGCCUCCAGCUCCAGCUCAACAGCUUGGGCGCCGCCGGCUCCAUCGUCAAAUCCGAGCCCAGCAGCCGCCCGUCCUUCAGCAUCGAGAACAUCAUCGGCGUCCCGGCCGCCAGCUCGGCCGCCAGCGCCCAGACUUUCCUACGGCCGCCCGUCACCGUGCAGUCGGCCCUGAUGGCCCACCAACCGCUGGCGCUGGCCAGGACCACCGCUGCCAUCGCCCCUAUCCUCAGCGUGCCUACCAACAUCAUCGCGGGGCAGUUCCUGCAGCCCGCGGCCCCCGCCGCCGCCGUGCAGACCAAGUGGCCGGCGCAGUAGCCCCGGCCGGUAGCCCCGGGGAGGGAGAUUCGGUAACCCCGGGCACGGACAGCCGGUAGCGCUGAGGAAGGAGAACCGGUAGCCCCGGGGAGGGACAUCCCGCAGCCGCGGGGAGGGAGAUCCCCGUAGCCCCGGGCAGCUUCCGCCGCCACCGGCCGCCCCUUCGGGGCUCCGCGGCCGCUGGGGAGCAGUGGGCACCGUCCCUCCUUGUCCCCCCCGUUUGCCGGCCCCGCCGCUUGUACAUAUUUGUAUCAAAAAUCACUGAGGUUGCUUUCGGGGUUUUUAUUUUUCUAAAGAGGCGGAUGAGGGUCGCCAUUAGGAGCUGCGAACUUUCACUUUUUUUGAAGGUUCCGGCGCUCCGAGCGGUUUUAUCCGAAAUAAAACGGAAAAAAAAACAAACGAGGGAGAAAAAAAAGAGAGAAAAAAUGUAUAAAAAUAUUAAUAAUAAACGGGAGAAAUUUUAAAUAUUGAACGAACAAGGAAAAAAUUUGAGAGAAAAAUAAGGAAGCCAGGAGGAAAUCGCUGUCACUCUAUUAUAAAGCCUGUUUAUAUAUGGAUGGAUAUAUGUAUUCUAAAUGUUAUCCCUUCGUGUUGUACACAACUUUGUAAAUAAAUUUUUAAACUGC